AUGAUUGGACCACGAGGUGGACAGGAGCAGAAAUCGAUCGGGCCUUCACCUCACGAGCAGAAAUCGACCGGGCCUUCACUCUUGACGACCGAUUCUGAGCAAAUCUUCGACCGGGCCUUCACUCUUGACGACGGAACACGACCUCGCCGGAAUUUGCUUGAUUCACAACAGAAUACGCCCGGCCUUCCUACGAUGCCUCUCCCUGCGGUGAUUCAAAGGGCCGUUCGUGGAGUUCUCUCGUACUUUCACAGAGAAUGGGAGCUUCAAACACACCUCGACAUUAUCAAUGGUGGUCAGCUCACACCAGAAGUGCGCCAUCAUCUGCAGCAGGUUUACGGCAAUGUGUGCUCGAUACUUCUCUGUUUAGGACUGGGCUUUGACAUGAGCCUGGGCUUUCACAUGAGCCUUAACUGGUUCAUUGGUUCUGGAUUUUUAGAGUUGGUGCGCAUUGCACGAUUUGCUGGACGGGCUCCUUUCAGACAGGUGAUGAAGUUUGGUCUGGUGAUGGCUGGUAUAGUGGUCGGAGUGGCCAUUGUAGCUCCUUGGGUUAGCAUGUUCUUGGCCAUAGAACUAUGUUGGGCCUUGUAUGCACUGAGUUGGGCUACAUUUCGGGUGCUUGGCUCAUCGGAGACAACACAGAUUUACCUCUUCAGAUUUUGUAAAUUGCUGCUCUCUCACCCUCUGUUGGUUGUGUGUGCGUUUGUUCUUACUUUCGGCUCGCAGCUUGAGGUAUGUUUGUGGAUUGUCUUGUUUGUGGGCUAUGUGGCUGUGUAUAGCCUGACAUUAGUUCACAUGAUUCAAGAGGGACGUGUUAACCAUCUGGAUUAUGCCAUUACCUUCUUCACUGAUGCUCCUGCUAUUUGUCUUCGUAUGAUUAAUUUGAUGUUCCGGGGAGCAUGGAGUGGAUUACAGGAGAUCAUGAACUACCUGCGCAGUUGA